AUGACAGCAGAUAUAUUGAGCCCCGAGACCUCCCCAAUUCUCUCGCCUGAAGAGUCUUCUCCCUGCAUUGUUUCUGGCCCCCUCCCAGACAAGGUCCUUGCCCACUUCAUGGUGCGUCGACCGCCGACUCCUAGAACGUCUUCUCCCCAUUCUGUCGGCGACCGGCACAGCAACAGCACUAGCGAACCUGCUAUUCGGCAGCUGCCAUCGUUAAUCACUCCUCUUUCAGUUCCUGCCGCCAUGGCUCGUCUCCCUCUAACUCCAGAACAAUCUCCUGUCGAUGAAAGUAUUCCAGAGGACGUAGUCAUGGACGAGGCUAGAAACAAAAGUUUGGAGGUUAAUCCCUGGUGCGAGUUUUGUGCAGAAUGCGUGUCUGGCAGUUGGAACGCGCGCAAGUGCAUCUCACAUUUCUUCGGUCGAAACAAGACUUGCACGAGAACAUUCCCGGACGAUGUCUGGGUGUUGUACUGCCGCAAGCACUAUCAGCGUGCCCGCUAUCGCGCCGACUCCUGGCCGUUCAAGCAAUGCGACAUCUUCCAAGAGACUUUGAACCGAAUGCAGGCAUGGGAUGGAGUGUCCAGUUUCAGGCUGACGCUGAGGAAGCGCGAACAUAUCCGGACUCCCAGCACGGGCACGGAUGAUACGUCCGCUGCUUCGGCGUCACUUGGUAUCAACCGGACUCGGCAAUCGACGCAAGGACCAAGGAGGACGAAACGCAGCCCCAAUGCGUCCGCGCCAGUGCCAUCGUGGCUUCGCGAUGAGGUGGGGGACAACAAGUCGUUUGACGAGAUCCGCGACAUCAUCAAGCGAAUCCGGGAGUACAUCCAAGCCGAACAAGAGGCUAACAACUAUGUUGCCUUUCCCGACAUCGAGAUCCUGCCCACGUUCAAGCCUGAAUUUGUCGAUGAGUUAGCAGACGACAACGACAGCAGCGACAAACCCAGCAAGAAGUCGACUCGACGAACCAACGCCAAUACCCGCGUCAGCAGACGAGGAGCAGUAAAGAAGACUGAUUAUAGGUCAUAUACUUCGACCGAUAUUCGAGAUCGGCACAAAAGUUUCAACCCAGGAACUGCUACUGCCAGACGAUCACUUCUGUGCAACACAUUGCAUUGGUGA